AAAAUGUCGCACAAAGUAGAGUGACUCUAGACAAAAUGCUUUAAUCCAUAGUCAAUUCAGUACAAAUGCGUGGCAUUCAAUUAAAAGAAAAGUAAAAUUACUGUGUUCUUAGAUUUUUGAUACUUUAUUUUGCCAGCUAGAGGAAAUAAUAAUUUUUGUUUCCACUUUAACCGUCUGCCCGAAAAGUCAGAUUGCCCGAAAGUUAAGCCUUUAAUGAAAAUAACAUACUUGAAUCGAUUUUUUCUGCGCAUGAGUAAUUAUACAUGCCAGACGACUCAGUAAACCAUCGGGUCAACAUUCACACUGGACGCUGAUUCAAGGCAGACGGAAAAAUAGCUUUCGCUGUGGAGCAGUUAAUCUGGAUCUAUGAGGUUUUACUACAUAAAUCAAUAUUACAGAAACGUGGUACUAAUUUCCACUAUGUUGUAAUCGAUGUGGAGAUUAACUUGACGAUUAAGAUAAUCAAAGACCGUCAAAUCGCGAUUAUGUAGAACGCUAACACUCAUAAACACACCAAUGAGGUGGCGUAGUAAUACUAUUCUGUGGACAAGGCGAUGUGCGCUCUCAGUAUACUAAGAUUAUCAAUAAGUCCUGUAUUAUAUCGCAGGCAAUAUUGUAAUGACUAUAAGAUACGAAAUAAAUAAAUUAAUACUAAUAAUGAUUGUGACAAAUAUCAAGCGAUAGGGAACUAUUUCGUCCGUCGAACACUAAACAUCAUCAUAUGUCCCUGAUAAAAGUGAUUGAACGAGUGAAUAUCAUAUCAACAAUGUUACACUAUACCAAGCUAGUACUACACUUCAAGAUACACAUCUUUGAUACAGACAUAAUGUGAUACUAAAAUAAAGGCAAGAUCAUCUUUUACGGCGACGCCUAAUGUGGUGCAACGAGCGGAUAUAUUAAAUCAACACGAACAAACUGUACUCCGCUAGUGCUGCACCUUAAGUUACCUGCAUGAAGUGAUAUUAAAUUUAUAUAUUUUUGUCCACUUACACAAUUACUUAUAUUAACAGAUUUCGUCUCUGAAUGGUCGUCAAAAUUGUUUAAAAUGGUUACGUAAUUAUGGUUUAGAUGAGGUUUGACGUUCACUCAACACAAACUAUGUCAUUGUGAGACUAAAUUGUGGAAAAUCGUUAUUUCUAAACAUCUCUUUCGAUAAGGGUACUUAAGCAGUGAGAGGAAACCGAAAAAUCCCGUAGAAAAACCACGAAGGUAGGAAGCUGGGGCAACCCUACUCUGUCAAUCCCUUGUCACUUUCAAACCUGGGACAGAAACCGGUUUACCAAUAAAUGAUAAGUUUAAUGCUGCAUUAUGUAAGAUUUAGAUUAUUUGUUAUCAUAUAACAACGUGCUUGUUAAUCGAUAUUCAGCCUCGCUUUUCCAUUUUUAAAUUAAAUCAUUAAAUGGGGAUCGUAUUUCAUUCAUGACUUGUGAAUAAAUGUCUAAAUUUAUAUAACAUUUGAAGCCAAAAUAAAACCCCUAAAUAGUCCGAUUUAGUUCUUGAAUAAUGCAUCUUUAAUGUAUUAUUAAGGUAUACCCCGGGGUCUACUUCAAUACAAUAUUAAGGUUUUUGUGAGUACAUAAAAAGUACACACGUCUAUUCAGUUUCUUAUUUACUCUCCAGUUUCUUUCACAGUGGUAAUAGGCUAAUGUUCAACCUCAUUUCAUACCACACGAAUGUGUGAAUAUGUGAGGUUAGGGUCUUGCCGAGGUUGAACUAUAGUGAAAUACUAGACGAAUUAAGAACUUCAACAAAUUAAGUGGUUUCCAGAACAACUAACAGCUGAUCAUGAGUAAAAUAAAACCAUGGGCAUGGGUUGUGUUGACAGCAUCUUUUCUUGCUUUCUUUUUUAACUCUUCACUGAACUAUUCUGCUGGCGUACUACAUAUAGCUUUAUUAGAAAGAUUCCCUGAAGAGAACGUCACAACGAUAUCAUGGCUGGGAGCACUUUUCUCCUGUAUGUUUUCCUUAGCGGGAUGGACGGGGAGUAUACUUGUAAGCACGUUUAAUGCUAGAGUAUGUGUGAUGCUGAGUGGUUUGGUUACUUUAAUCGGAUUUGUUUUAAGCAGUUUCGUAGUAAACAUGAAAUAUCUGUUUAUUACCUACAGUCUAAUUGCAGGAAUUGGUCAAGCUAUGUGUUAUUCGGGAACAUUGGUUACGCUUGGGUAUUAUUUUAAAGAGAAGACCGGCAUGGCAUCUGGCAUAGCCUUGAGUGGCUGUGGGUUAUGUACUUUCGUUUUUCCCCCAUUAUCACAAUUUCUGAUCGCGACCUAUGGUUUAGAUGGGGCAUUUUUACUGCUCGGUGCUCUUGGUUUCCAAGCGUCGGUGUGUGGUGCCUUAAUGAGACCCACAGAAUAUGAAGUACGCACAAAUAGAAAAAUAUGCUGCGAUAAAAAUUCAAACACUGUUUCAACACCGGGUAAAAAAACCAACAAACGUAACUGGCGGGAAAAAUUCAGAUUUUGCAAAUCGUUACCUUUCUUCUUAUUUUUGAUUAGUUCGGUGUCUUUCAAUAUGGCUCAAUCAACAGUUUAUCUAUUUAUACCGGAUUACUUUGUACAUACUGGGUCCUCGCCCCAGGAAGCAGCUUUUGCUAUAUCAUUAGUGGGUGUUACUGGAAUAUUAUCUCGAGUUUUAUUGGGAUUUAUGGUUACAUUAGUGGACACUGCUCUAGUUUAUGGUAGUACAUUCGGAAUAAUUGGUGUUAUCACUGUGUUUUUAAAUUACAUGACGACUUUAGGUAGUAAAUUAACCUAUACAUCACUGUUUGGGAUAUAUAUGGGAGGUUGUUGGGCUUUACAUUACACUUUGUUAGUGGAUAUCGUAGGAUUAUAUGAUGUGCCCGCUGCUCUAGGAAUUUCUAUGAUGGCGUGUGGUGGUGGAUAUCUUAUCGGCCCGCCUAUUGCAGAAAUGUUUGUGCUGAAAUUUGGUGAUUAUUACUACGCAUUUGCUUUUACAGCUGCCCUAUUCAUGUUGGCGUCAAUAACUGGAUUUGCAAUGAAGGCCUGCCCGAAAAAGAUUGACGUUUUGGAAGUUGAAAUAGAUGAAGAAAUACAAACUUGUAUGAUCGCAAACAUUGAUGGAGAAAGAUGAUGGUUAACUUAUCGUUAGAAAUUGGAUUGUAUUUUAUAUAACUGUAACAUAUUAUCUGUAUGAGUCAAGUCGAGUUUGGUUUAUAUUGAACGAUGGCAUCGAAGUCGUAGCUUUACUAUCGCUAUUGUAUAGUUUUUACGCUCCAUUGAAAUAUGACCACACACUUCCGUCGCACCGUCCGUAGCCUACAAUUUCUUGUUAGCACUCUACAAAUCAUGGAAUGGUUUUAGGGAAAUGAAGAAUCCUAUUAAAUGUCAACUAUGUCCAUUAUUUACUCCAGGGUUAAUGCCCUUGUUUACUUUGUAAAAUCUGAUUGAGGAUCUAGUAACAAAAUUAUCUGCUUAAAAUUUAUUUUGCUCAAUUCUUCCUUUUAUCAAAUUUCAACAUUUCCCGUGUAUAAACUCCUAGCGUUUUUGUCCUUGCUCACAAGUGUUAUAGGGUGAGUCAUCAUAUGACCUUAAUCAAAUUAAUGUUGUAUCGAGUAAUGCCUUAUGUAACAAUUAUAUGGAGGGUAGGGGUGUUGUUGCGACCGGAAGAUUGAAAUUGCCAAAGAGUAGGGUCGCCAUUUUGACCGCGUCGUUGACCCAUUGCUAUAGACGCCUACGCGAAAGCGAAAUAUACCAUAUUAUUAUGUUAGUCUCGAAAUGGCAUAUACGCCAAAUCCCAUUUACUUUUCGUUUACCUAACACCCACAAUGCUAUCUUCAUGUACCAAGAACAAUUUAGUUGUGGGAAUUGCUUAGUUUUUGGCAACCGAUCUUGUAAUCAAGCCUCGGUUUAUAACCGAACAGUGGUCAGAUGGUCGUUCGUUUGAGUAUGAUUAAUUUGUGUAUUUCAAGUAAAUAUUUUCAUCCUAA